AUGGGCGACACUUCGGUUAACGGCGAACAGCCUCACUCUUACUUCUUCGACCACCUGGCGUCGUACCCUGUGGUUUCCGACUCAAUCAUCGUGCUCAAGAGCAACAAGAUCGGCGCAAAGUACCUGGAAAUUGCCGAUCAAGGAUACAUCCGUCUCGCCAAACCGCUCCUUCCUUACCUAUCCAAACCCUACGGUUUUGUCGCUCCCUACGUUGCUCGUGUCGACUCGCUCGGUGACAAGAGUUUGACCAAGAUUGACUCGACGUUCCCCUUCAUCACGCAGGACACGGAGACCCUCAAGACGACGAUCCAGGAUGGCGCAUAUUACCCGGUGCGCUUGGCCAGCGAUGUGAAGGUACAUCUCUUCGACCUGUACGGCUCCGAGUACAAGAAAUGUGGCGGUGAUGGACCUCUGGCGAGCGGCAAGGCCCUGAUCACCACCGGUCUGGUGUUGAGCCAGGAGUCGCUGGACUACCUAAGCUCUCUGCUACAGAAGAAAAAGGCGCAGGUCAAGGAUGCCGUCAAUGACCAGACUGAUGGCUAG